CGAAACUCCUGGAAAUGUCCGCAGAUGGCUCCCUCUUGCGGUUCGCCGGCCCUCGGACGCCUUCAGCGGCAUUUGCACAAGCUUGUCAUCCUGCCUGCAGCACUUUGUAAAUCGCAGCGCACUCAGUGCACGACGCGUUAACACUGACGCUGCGCCCGGCACAGGACCCCAACGCAUCGCUCAUAACAAGUGCUUAAGGAAUUUCGAAACCGAGCGCCUGCUUCGGAGAUCUCAGAGUAGCACUUGCUGCAUCACCACUGAAACCGACGCGCGAAACGCGUACGCCGCUCAAAACACCACUGUAUGAGGUGCACUCACUGCAUGACGCCGCAGAACGGCGCCCCGCGCUCCACGAAGCGCACGUCGAAGACUGCCGACGCCGACGUCGCGGCCUACCUCAACUCCUGCCGGGCCUACAACGUGACGCCCGAUCCCGCGACGUCGACGACGCUGGCCACCGGGUGGUGGUUAUUAGCGCCCUCGCUCGGUUUCGGGCGGGGCGGUUUACUACCGUUGAUAGACGUUCUAGCUGAAUCAAAAUCAAUAACAGAGCUGAAACUCAGAGCGGACGGCGAGCGGGGCGCGUCGCCCGCCGCAGAUGCUAGAGCCCUAGCCGAAAUACUCAAACGCAAUCAAUCACUGGAAACGCUUGACUUAUCGCAGUGCGGCCUCGACGACGUCAGCAUAGAGGAGCUCGCCCAGGGUUUGCGGGAGUCGUCGCUCAGGACUCUCAUACUCACCGAGAAUUACACUUUUGGAGAUGACGCCUGCGCGGCCCUCGCCGAGGCCGUGCGACAAGCGCCGUCCCUGGAACGGAUCGACGUCUCGAACAACUCGCUCUACUUCCCGGGCGUGUCGAAAAUCAGCACGGCCUCGAAACAAAAAAAUGUUACUGUCGAGUCCGUGGGCAAUUUUAGUACCGAGGAGAUGCUGUCGGCGUUGACCCAUGGUUUAUCAUUUGUCGUGGCACUGGUCGCGUGCAUCCCUUUAUUGACAGAUGCUUAUCAGGCGGACCGGUUCACGUUUUGGUGCUGCGUCAGCGUCCUGGAUCGCGGCGAUGGCGUCACGAUACGCGCGCAGGUGCUGCGUCGCCUACGAGGCCACGCUGUUAGUAUGCUUCGGGAGCUCGACGCUCUACCACGGCCACUUCAGCAACCCGAAGAUGUUUCAUUUUUGGAUGCGCGUGGACCACAUGGGUACGGAGUCAGCGUUGAAAUGAGUCGCGUCGAUGGCGUCUUCACGAGACCACGCCGCCGCGGCGCCGUCGACGCGUCGAUGGCGUCCUCGUGAGACCGCUUCACCUCGACGCCGUCGACGUGGCCGUCAGAGAGUCUCCGCGUCUCGCGAGAGUAUCGCGACGGCGCCCGUCCCACGCAGGCAUCUACCUACUGAUAGCUGGAUCCUACACGGCCUUGAUCAGUGUGGGCUGUCGCGGCCACGUGCCGAUCGCGAUUAUUGUGGCCCUGGAGUGGUUACUGGCGGGCGGCGGCUGUUUAUUCUCCGCGGCCGGGGUCGGGAUGAGCAAAACCGAAACGAAUUGGUUGGAGUUAGCUACCUUUGGAGUGAUGGGCUUCGCGUGUCUCCCUUGUAUUGGCCUGAUAAAGGAGAUUUUGGGGACGGAGGCCAUCUUUCUAGUAGGUUUGGGAGGCGCUUUUUAUGUUAUUGGUGUGAUACCAUUCAUACUGGCCGACAAGCACCCAGGAUGGCAUGUGGUGUGGCACCUGUUUGUCAUGGCGGGAGCCGUGACGCACUGGUUCUGCGUGUAUCUUUAUGUCGUCCCGUCGGCCGAUGGGGCCAAAACGUUCGACAGAGAUGACCUGAGAGAGAUCGUGUCCGGUCUCAAGUCGGACGUGUAUAACACGACCGGAAGUCUGGAGGUGGCUUUAUUAUCUCAUGCCCUGUCGAUGAACACGUCCACGGCGGCGGCUCUCGUCGAUGAAUAUAGACGAUCGAUGUCUUCCUUCUUAUCGGACCACACGCCGCGGCCGUCGCUGCCGCGCUAUUUUAGAAAGAGGUGGGACCGGUUGACGCAGCGGCUCGAGGGCGUCGAGGCCGUCGCGCCGGCGGUCGAGGAAGUCGUGGAGGUGGCGAAGAAGAAACGUAGGGGUAAAUCAUAGUUUCUUUCGA